GAACCCACGCAGUCACCACAUCGAUCUAAAACACUGAACCCUAGUCCCCAUAGCCGUCGCCCCGUGCCCUUUGUCUUAUUCCUCUCAGUUUCUCUUGUUCUCUUCAAAAUACUCAAGAGCCCUAACACCCAUUCUUAACUUGAACCCUAGUUCUUGUUACGGUUUCUUGAUUUUUCUUCUCCUUGGAACUCUGCGUGAAAAUGAGACCGAUUUUGAUGAAAGGCCAUGAAAGGCCGUUGACGUUCUUGAAGUACAACCGGGACGGGGACCUCCUUUUCUCCUGCGCGAAGGACCACACUCCCACCGUCUGGUUCGCCGACAACGGCGAGCGCCUCGGCACCUACCGCGGCCACAACGGCGCAGUAUGGUGCUGCGACGUCUCAAGGGAUUCCAUGACGCUUAUCACUGGGAGCGCAGAUCAGACUGCGAAGGUUUGGAAUGUGCAAACCGGAGAGCAAUUGUUCACGUUCAAUUUCGGUUGUCCGGCCAGGGCUGUGGACCUCGCUGUCGGGGAUCACCUCGCUGUCAUUACCACCGAUCCAUUCAUGGAUUCUCCUUCCGCAAUUCACGUUAAAAUCAUCGCCAGAGACCCCGCUGACCAGACUGGCGACUCUGUUCUUACCAUCAAGGGCCCUCAGGGAAGAAUUAAUAGAGCUGUUUGGGGACCCUUGAAUACCACCAUCAUAAGUGCUGGAGAAGAUGCCGUGGUUCGUAUAUGGGAUUCCGAGACAGGAAAACUGCUUAAAGAGUCAGACAAGGAAUCUGGCCACAAAAAAACAAUUACGGCACUUACAAAAUCUGUAGAUGGUUCUCAUUUCCUCACUGGUUCACUUGACAAAUCUGCUAGACUGUGGGAUAUCAGAACAUUGACUCUUAUCAAGACGUAUGUGACCGAACGCCCAGUCAAUGCAGUUGCAAUGUCUCCACUUCUUGAUCAUGUGGUGCUUGGAGGUGGUCAAGAUGCAUCUAAUGUCACAACUACUGAUCAUCGUGCUGGAAAGUUUGAGGCUAAAUUCUAUGACAAGAUUCUUCAAGAAGAAAUUGGAGGUGUGAAAGGGCAUUUUGGACCAAUAAAUGCUCUGGCAUUCAACCCUGAUGGAAAAAGUUUCUCAAGCGGAGGUGAAGAUGGUUAUGUACGUUUACAUCACUUUGACCCCGAUUACUUUAACAUCAAGAUCUAGAUUUGGAGCGUAAAACUAGAUUUGGAGCAUAAAGCUUUCACAGUAUUGAUUGAACGGUGAUGCUGUUUAAUGCCCAACAGAGAAAGCUUGGCUUGGAAAUUGGGAAGUGUAAUGAUGUUGUCAUUUGGGAUGAUUGUCUUACACAAGCAUCCCACUGAACAUGUCAACAAUUGAGAACAUGAUUUCCCUUUAGGGUUUUUUUUUUUUAAAAAAAUUAUUUUAUGAAGUCAUCUAUUAAAAUUAGAAUCGAGGUUUGGAGGUUAUUUGGAAGUUAACUUUAUUUUCCUUCUUAAGCAGUAAUUUUGUAUCGUGGGUGUUGGACGAAACAAUGCUUAGUAUUUUGCUUGUUGGAACAGAGUUUUGUAGAAGAUGUAAUAUUCCAUCUGUACAGAUGAUCGGCAUUUUUAAAGUUCUCUACAAGAAGAUGAUCAUUAUUUUACCUGUUA